AUGGCUGCGGCGGAUCCGCCGGCAGGUCUCAUGGACAUCGUCAGCACUCUGUCCCAGGAUGAAAUUCCAUUCAAGCUACGAUGCGCCAUCUGCAGCAAGCUGGCGGUGAACGCCUUUCGCCUCCCUUGCUGCGACCAGUCGAUCUGCGAGACCUGCCAAACAUCCCUCUCUGAUACCUGCCCCGUCUGCGCACACACUCCCGUUUCCCCCGAUCUCUGCAAACCGAACAAAGCUCUGCGCACCACCCUCAAGGCCUUCCUCCGGACUGAAGAGAAAAAGCGCGAGAAGGAACGCCAAUCCACAGCACCUCCAACUCCUACGGUUCCCACUCCCGUGGAGAGUGAGGCUCCGGCCGAAACCUCUGUCGAGCAAACGCCCGUUGAAGCGACACCGGCUGAGAAUGUGGAGGUCACGCCGAUGGAGGCUAAGACCGACCGAGCUGCAACGGAAGCUCCGCCCACCGGCACCCCGGCUGAGAACCAUGUGAACGGUGAUACCGUUGAAUCGGGAGAACCCGCAGCGGAGCCCGAGCCCAAUGGUGAUCACGCCCCCGAAGCUGCCAGUACCGAAGCCGACACAAAAUCCGAUAACGGAGACGCACCUGUCGAAAAUGAAUUUGCCCCGUCUAUCCAAGACCCGUCUCAGCAAUCCGGAACCAAUAUGAUGAACAUGGCGCCGGGAGGUUUCCCCAUGGGCUGGAACGGGAACGCAAUGAACCCUUUCAUGGGGAAUGGCAUGUUCAAUUUUCCGAAUCCGAUGGGCAUGCCCAUGACGAUGGACCCGAUGGCCGCAAAUCAGGGGAUGUUCGGAGACUACGGAAUGAACAUGACUGGUAUGGGCAUGAACAUGGGGAUGAACUUCAACGGGCAGGGCAUGUAUGGAUCCUUAGGAUGGGAUGCUUCCCAGCAGAACAUGUGGCAAGGCGGCCAAGAUAAAUUCAAUCCAAAUGCGUUCGCAAAUGGCACGGGCCCUCCGUAUGGAGGAGCAUUUGGCGGGUCUAAUAUGUCUUACCAUUCUAACGCCGACUUCCAGUCCGGCCCCUACGGCUCUGGAUAUGGCCGUGGUGGAUUUCGCGGUCGUGGGCGUGGUCACUUUGGACCUGGCAGAGGUGGUUUCGCCGGUCCCGCUAAUCAUCCGUUUUCUAACCAAACUACACCUAAUAACGGCCCUGAUGGAAUAUCCGGUACUGACAGUUCCGAGCCAGUGAAUAUGAACGGUGCGGAACAUGUAUCGGAGAAUACUCUGGAUGGCAAUACAGAUAUAACUGCAGAACAACGCUCGGGAGAUGCCGAUGGGCAUCAGCUUCAGGGGAUUCCUACCAUCGACAGUCUUGACCAGACGGUGCCCACUGGGCCGAGUGGCUUCCGGGGUCCCAGAGGCCCGGGAUAUGGACGAGGCGGGUACAUGCAAGGCCCCGGACGUGGAUUUUGGGGUGGACCGGCCGGUUCGCACCAGCCCCAGAUGGAACAACCCCAAGGCCUCGGCGUUGAAGGUGCACCGGCUGCACCACGCGCAAUGCGUGAGGGUUUGCCCAAUACGAGCGUCUUCCGGCAGCGCGGUUUCCAUCAAGCACGAGGUUCGGGAGGCAGUAGCACGCCGGGACUUUCAGGAGGUGUCUCUGACCCUCCCCAGGACCCGGCGCAGCCCCGAUCUCCGUCAAAGACGCCAUCCCAACCUCCACGAGCAGGGUCCCGAUCUCGCUCCCCUUCACAGAGUCGGGCAUCUCGUCCUCGUUCGCCUGGGGCCACCAACAUGGAUGAAGCCCGAGAAGGCCGUCGCAAGCAUGAUAUGAGACGCCCAGAUCACGACCGUGUCAGCCGUGCUGAUGACCGCCGCUCUCGCUCUCCAUCUCGUAUCUCCUCACGUCGAACCUCGCGGCCCCGGCACCCCGAAAGUGGUCGGGACAGACGGAGUGACCACCGUUCGCAUCGGUCACGUCGCGAUCACGGCCGAAAUGACAGCCGUAGCCGCAGUUCAAGCAGGAACGGCGAGGGCCACACAGACCGAGUGUCCAUGAUCAAAGAGAGAAACGAACCCAAUGGCCGCAAGACACCUUCUGAAGCAGGCGAUCUCUCCGGUCGUGUCAGCGGCCGUCGGUCUAGCAAAGAGAGGCCCAGCCACCGCGAGGAGAAUCGUGACAAGGACCGGGACAGUCGACGCCGAGACCGGGACCGCGAUCGGGACCGUGAGCGUGAUCGUGAUCGUGCUCGUCGUGACAGAGAUCGCGAGCGAGAUCGUGAGCAUGGCGGUGACCGGGAUCGACGCGAUCGAGGUAGAGAUCGUGAACGAGACCGCAAACGCUCCCGCCGGGACCGAUCCCAGUCGAAUGCCGACCAGCUCCGUCCGCAAGCCCGGCGUGUAAAGCGCUCGCCCGACGAGCACCCGGACCUCGAGAAGCCCAAGGCGUCGGAACCCGAGAAAGACCCAUACACUCUGGAGCGCGAGGCCCGCAACCGUGAGCGCAUGCUUCGUGAGCAGCAGAAUCGGGGAGGCAGCAAGCCCAGCACCUACAAGUCGAGCCGCCGUGACAGUCGACCGGAGCGCAUGGUGGGCGGCCGUCCUAUCAACUUCAAGUACGAAGAUGAGCUUUAG